AUGGCUCAUAGGGCUUUCAUACAAGUCAUAAUCACAGGAACUCAAGUUUUUGGAAAAGCAUUCGCUGAGGCUUACAGACAAGCGGCUUCACAAUCAGUAAAGCAAGGUGCUACUAAUGCUUCAAGAAGAGGAACAGGCAAAGGUGAAUAUGGUGGCAUUACAUUAGAUGAAAGUUGUAAAAUCCUUAAUAUCGAAGAAGCGAAAGGCGGCUUGAACAUGGACAAAAUCAACGACAGAUUCAACUAUUUAUUUGAAGUUAAUGAUAAAGAAAAAGGUGGAAGCUUUUAUUUACAGAGUAAAGUUUAUCGAGCAGCAGAAAGAUUAAAAUGGGAGCUGGCUCAAAGGGAAAAGCAAGCUGGGGCGAAGGCGGGGGACGCCUCAACGUCGAGACCUCCUCCAAAUUCAACAAGUCCACCUGGUGCAGAUAAAAAUGCAAGCCCCAAUCAAUAG